GUUAGGACCCUAGGUUGGUGGGGUUAGAAGUAGAGUGGGCUUCUAAUCCCGGGCCUGCUGGGGGUGUGGGGCGCCUUGUACCUAGCCCCCAGAACAGUGAGUUCCUUCUCGGGGAGGGGGACGGAGCCGAGGGUUUCGGGCAGGAGGAGCGGAAGCUGCGUCGCCCAGGCUGCAGUGUUCUUCCUGCAGAGGACGGCCGCUGCUGUGAAGGGCGAAGGCCCAGCAUCUCCAGCAGCUCGGGCCACUGCGCCUCCCUCCCCUGCAGCGUCCCUGGAAGCACCGUGUCGACUGGAGACGAUCUGUUCCCCUGGAACUCACCCGCAGUGUACCCGACCUGUGCUCCCUGUCGGCGCUUUUUAAAGCUAAGCUUCAGGCAGUGCAUUUUCUUUGGGAGUCUUUAAGCCGAAACACUGCCCCGUUCCUAAUCACCUUUUUGCUCUAGGCAGUAAAAACAGCCUUUCUCUGUGGCGUAACAUUUUAGGGACAGCCUUUUAAUACCAGCUGUGGCCUUAAGUUUGCUACCGUUUUGCUGAGCCAGUGUUCCUGAGGGCUUCUCUGUUACCAAAAUUAAUAAGUUUCUUAGCCGGGAAAAUGGUAGCACGGGUAUCUUACGUAGACUUCUGCUUCUUUUGUAAGGACUGUGAGAGAAGAUUUCUCAUCCCUAAUCUGACUGAUCAUUGUGAUGGAACAAGAGCAAAACCUAUUGGUCUCAGAUUCUAAUGGCUUCACAAAGAAGGAGAGUUUGAAAAGCACUUUUACAGGAGAUGAAAGUAAGAUUAAUUUGAAAACUGUUGAAUGCAGUAACUCCAAGGCAGAUAAAGAGAGAGCCUCAAAAUGGUCUAGAAGUGAUGACCCAGAAAAUUAUAAGGAUGAAGACACAAAAGAAAUACUAUUGACAGGGUCCCAAGGAGGUAAAACUGAAUGUGGUGAUUCCUGUGAGAAUGAUAGCAACUUGGAGAAUCAGGGAAAUUGUACAGAAAAAGAGGAGGAACAAUGCAAUCACUGGGGAUGGAACCCAGGAGAACAUACUGGGCCUGCUGGCCAGCAGAACCCAUCCUUUGGGGACAAACCCUACAAAUGUUCUGAAUGUUGGAAAAGCUUCAGUAAUAGUUCUCAUCUUCGAACUCACCAGAGGACCCACUCAGGAGAAAAACCUUACAGAUGUUCUGAGUGUGGGAAGUGCUUUAGUAACAGCUCUCACUUGAUUCAGCACCUGAGAACACACACAGGCGAGAAGCCCUACCAAUGUGGUGAAUGUGGGAAAAGCUUCAGCAACACCUCCCAUCUUAUUAUCCAUGAACGAACUCACACGGGAGAGAAACCCUAUAAAUGUCCCGAGUGUGCAAAGAGUUUCAGUAGCAGCUCUCACCUUAUUCAGCAUCACCGAUCACAUACAGGUGAAAAACCAUAUGAAUGUCCGGUUUGUGGGAAAUGCUUCAGCCAUAGUUAUGUGCUCGUAGAACAUCAGAGGACCCACACUGGAGAAAAACCUUAUAAGUGCCCCGACUGUGGGAAGAGUUUUAGUCAGAGCUCUAGUCUGAUUCGCCACCAGCGGACACACACUGGUGAGAAGCCCUACAAAUGUCCUGAGUGUGGAAAAUGCUUUGGUUGUAAUUCUACUCUAAUCAAGCAUCAGAGAAUACAUACAGGAGAAAAACCCUAUCAGUGUAUAGAAUGUGGGAAGAAUUUCAGUCGAAGUUCAAACCUGGUUACACAUCAAAAAAUGCACACAGAUGACAAAACCUAUCAAAGUUCUGAAUAUGAAGAAAGUUUGAGUCAGAACUGUAAGCUGAUAGAAGAAUGCAGAAUUCAGUCAGGAGAGAAGCCAUAUAAAUGUUGUCAAUGUGGAAAGAGUUUUGGCCUCAGCUCUCAUCUCAUAAGACAUCAAAGAACACAUACAGGAGAAAAACCUUACAGAUGUUCUGAGUGUUGGAAAACUUUUAGUCAGAGUUCCACCCUGGUGAUUCACCAAAGGACACACACGGGAGAGAAACCUUAUAAAUGUCCUGACUGUGGUGAGUGCUUCAGUCAGAGCUUUAACCUUAUCAGGCACCGGAGGACCCACAUGGGAGAAAAACCUUACAAAUGCAGUGACUGUGAGAAAUGCUUCAGCCGAAGUGCCUACCUCAGUCAGCAUCGGAAAAUUCAUGUAGGAAAAUCUUUUGAGUCUCCUGAAGGGGAAGAUUUUCCUCAUGGAUGGACUUGGAAAAACUAUUCUGGGGAAAUAGCACUCAUCCCUUCAUUUUCGAUCCCAAGUUCAUCUCCCUCCUGAGUCCUAAAGUCUGUUUCUUUUUCUUUUCUUAUAAAAAAUUAUAAUUAAGAUGUUCUCAGAUCACACUGUUGCAAAAUUUGUUUGGUUUGUUUGGCAAAACAUGUGGGAAAAGUCAACUUCCCAGCUUAAAGUUUGGGAAGACCCAGAUUAUCAGGUCACCAGAUUUGCCCAGUGAGAGAUACUGCCAGUGGUGGAGAGAAAGAAGAAUAUUUUUUAUUUAAGGUAAGGCAGUAAUAGUUUCAAAGGAAAACAUGGAAAGAAAUCCUGGGAGACUAAAGAUGAGAUGGUCAUUGAAUCUUAUUUCCUGUUGCCUGACUGGGUGGUGACAGAUUAUUGCUGUCCUAUGGGUUUGCCCAGAGAGAGAUUUUUUUGAACAGAUAAUGUGAUUUCCUGGCUGUUUUGUUGAGUCUUAAGGAAGAGAAGACUAAUUUUUUUCAAAUAUGUUAUUUGCUGAAAGUUAACUUUUAGAACUGCAUUGUUCAGUACAGCAGCCACUAGCCACACAUGGAUAGUUAAGUUUAAAUUGAUUAAGAUGAAAUUUAACAUUGAGUUCUUUAGUCAUGUAAACCCCUUGCUAAAUGCUCAGUAGCCACUGGGGGCUGCUGUUUUAAAUAUCACAAAAAAUUCUUUCAAGAUCAUCAUUCUUGACAGUUCUUGUAAGACUGUAGGAAAUGUGCUUUGGGGAUUCUGUUCUCCAAGAAGAAUUACAAUAUAGUCUAGGAGUAGAUAGAGUUUUGAAGGCACUAGGUCUAAAGUUUCACUGUUUUGAUGAUUGUAUAUUUUAGAUUCAACCAUCUCAGUUAUCUAGAGAUAUGAUCCCAUUGUCUUGGUCAAAGUCAGAUUAAUAGGUAGGAUUCAUAAUUCUGUUUUGAAUUUUUCUGUCAAGUGGUCCUUUUCCCUCAGUUUUCCUAUUAUAUAAUUCUUCAUCAGAUCAAAGACAUUGGGUUAUUUUUCUCUUAAUUAACUCACUGAGUCUGAGCCAGUGUCCAGGGACAGUUUGCCACUGGAGCCCCAGCUUCCUAAGUUCCAGUCUCGGCAGUUUGCUUCUGCCUCUUGAUGUACAUGGUGUAUGGAUCUGGUAACCAAGACGCUGUUCUCCCUGUUCAUUUUUCCAGUGGGAAUGGUGUGCUGUAAAGGAUUAAGAUAUUUCCUCUGUCCCCACCUCCAUUUUUUCCUGCUACUGUAAAAAGGUAGAUGUGUAGGAAGGUCAGGACUUGCCCAGGAUUUCAUCUUUUUUUUUUUUUUGGAGUCAAAAAUAUGUUUUUUGAAGAAUAAGUAGAGAUGUAUAUUAGGAAUGUGGAGCCAGAAGAGGCCAUUACAGCUGGGGCACAGGGCUCUCUGUGGCUGGUGGGUAGCUGAAGUCUAUGGGGAUUUUCUUCUGUGACUGUGGUGCUCCUGGUACUGGCAAGGCAGCUGUGUCUUUUUAUAUUGUUUUUGGAUUUAAAAAUGAAUCAAAGCUGAUAAUUAAUGGUAUUCAAGAAGUCUUUGGGGGUGCUUUUCUGCUUUCAGAAAGGGGGGAAACCUUAUGGGCAUCUUUGGCUUUAGUGUAACUCUUACUCAAGCAUCCUGUUACCUUUGUAUGUUAGGCAGUGUUACCCCAAUUGUCUUAAACUGUGGUAUCUGAGGAUAAGUGUUUACAGUAUUCUUUUUUUAAAAAUUAAUUUAUUUUUUAAUUGAAGGAUAAUUGCUUUACAGAAUUUUGUUAUUUUCUGUCAAACCUCAACAUGAAUCAGCCAUAGGUAUACAUACAGUAUUCUUUGUUGUAGGCAACUGAGAGUUUGAUGUUUGAUGAGAGUCUGAUUAAUGAUAAGCUGCAAAGAAGUAGCUGUUGGGUUGGUUCACAAUCGUGGAGCCCAUUAUGUGUGGCAAGUAACCGUUCUGAACUUGGUUCCUCAUCUGUAAAAUAGAGAUAAUGUCUACAUUGCAUGGUUUUGGUAAGGGUUAAAUGAAUGUGUGCAAAGCAGCUAGCACAGUGCUUAAAAUAUGGGUCUAAAUGAAUGGCAAUUAUUAUUAAUUGAAACAAAUUGAAAAAUAUCCUCCAUACAUUUUCAGAAGCAGCAGUACAGCCCCGAACUGUCCUGCUUGUGGAUUCUUUAUGAUCAGCCUCAGGAACCCCAAGGAAUAAGGUAUUAUAGAAUCACAAGACUAGUGUGUUUUAAGUCUGCAGACUGUCGAAAGCACUUUAUUUGAUUUGGCUAAUUGAAUUUUGUUGUUUAUGAAACAAAGGACUCAGUUUAAGUCAAGAAAGAACAAAACAGCAAAUUCAAUUUUAGUUAAUUUGCAUCUGAAGAGAUUAACAACUGUAUAACUUGUGUCCUAUUACUGUCCCUACACUGUUUUAUGACUGCCCACAAUUAUAUAAAAACCUACUUCACAAACCUCGAUACCUGUAGAAGCAUAUGUGUUCACAUUUUGGAUGGACUUAGAUGGGCUUCAUUAGUAAAAUAAUUUGGCAAGAAUCUCCUUGAGUUGAAAAUUUAGAAAACUGAAGAGAGAUUUGUUACUUAACAAUGGAGCAUUUAAUGUAGUCAGAUGUAAUCCUAUUUGAUGCCUUUGCCUCACUUUAAUGAGUCAGCAAAUAGGUUCUUUGUUUAGCUCCCCCAAAAGUAAAUACUCUCUGUAUUCUCUGUUUUUCUUGCCAGCACAAAGGAUUCAGCACCUGAAUAAAUAAAGCAUUCUUAUUAACAAGUGA